CGGGCCCUGCGCUCCGCUCCGCUCCGCGCGGGAUCCAGGAGGCGGCGGCGGCGGCGGCGAUGGAUGCCCUUAUCCCCUACAAGGAGGUCCUCCAGAUGUACUGGGAGAAAGCAAAGAGUUUCGUGAAUGCCCAGUGCGAUGGACUCGAGCCCUGGCAGUUGAUUGCGCUGACAUUUGCUUCUACUCUUACUCUUGUAUGGCUGCACGGUUUCCUCUUUCAAGCCGAGAGUUUAACGUCCCGAACUAAAAAACAGUUCUUUAAACUCUUGAGGAAAAUGCCUUUUGUCGGGGCCAUAAUUCAAAAGAAGAUUGAUGAAGCCUUGAGUGAUGUCACCUCCAGUCUGUCCUUCCUGAAAGAUGAAAAGGAUUAUAUCCGAGUGCUGCCGGAAGAAGGCAUGAGCCAGUCUGAAGUGCUAGAGAAGAUGAAAGAGUACAGUUCAAAAGGAGAUGUACGCUGGGAGGACGGGAAAGUCUCGGGGACUGUGUACAGCGGUGAAGAGAAACUCACCCAUCUACUAGUGAAGGUGUACGAGGAGUUUGCCUGGAGUAACCCUCUCCAUCCGGAUAUAUUCCCAGGUUUGAGGAAGAUGGAAGCAGAAGUAGUGAGGAUAGCCUGUACGCUCUUCAACGGGGGCCCCAACUCCUGUGGUGCUAUGACGUCUGGGGGCACCGAGAGCAUUCUGAUGGCCUGCAAGGCGUACCGAGACCUGGCGUACGAGAGAGGCAUCAAACAUCCAGAAAUGUUGGUCCCAAGGAGUGCUCAUGCAGCGUUUGACAAAGCAGCACACUACUUUGGGCUCAAGAUCAUUCACAUCCCGUUGACCAAGAACAUGGAAGUGGAUGUUCAGGCGAUGAGGAGGGCUAUUUCGAAGAACACAGCAGUAUUGGUCUGUUCUGCUCCCCAGUUCCCACAUGGAGUUAUGGACCCCGUUGAAGAGGUGGCCAAGCUUGCGGUGGAAUACAAAAUCCCCUUCCAUGUGGAUGCCUGCCUGGGUGGUUUUCUCAUUGCUUUCAUGGAGAAGGCAGGGUUCCCUCUAAAGCGUCCCUUUGACUUCCGCGUGAAAGGUGUGACCAGCAUUUCUGCUGAUACGCACAAGUACGGCUACGCUCCCAAGGGUUCCUCUGUGGUGCUCUACAGUGACAAGAAGUACAGGAGCUACCAGUUCUUCGUAGCGCCCGACUGGCAAGGGGGCAUAUACGCCUCCCCCACCAUGGCGGGCUCCCGGGCUGGUGGGAUCAUCGCUGCGUGCUGGGCGACCCUGAUGCACAUGGGGGAAUCCGGCUACGUUGAGGCGACGAAGAGGAUCAUUAAAACUGCUCGCUUCCUCGAGUCAGAGUUGAGAAAAAUUGACAGCAUCUUCAUAUUUGGGAAACCCGAAGUGUCAGUCCUCUCCAUCGGUUCGGACACUUUUGACAUUUAUCGAUUAUCUAAUUUGUUAGCUGCGAAAGGGUGGAACUUGAAUGUCCUGCAGUUCCCAUCAAGCAUUCACCUUUGCAUUACGCAGUUGCACACGAAGCCGGGUGUCGCCGAACAGUUCUUGAAAGAUGUCAAAGACAGCGUUGACGAGAUCAUGAAAGAUGUCAAUGCCAAGACCACAGGCAUGGGAGCCAUCUACGGAAUGGCCCAGUCCAUCCCGGACCGGAGCUUGGUAGCAGAGAUUUCUCAGGCGUACCUGGACGGCCUCUACAGCACAGAAGUUCCUUGCAGCGAAAAGCACAUGAACGGCUCUCCCGGCCACCGCUGACUGUAGUGCCGCAGUCGGUGCCUUUCCAGCUAGCACUGGGUGGCUGUAGAGGUUUUCUGGGGAAGAGAUUGCAGUAAGCCUUAGUUCCCACAAGCGCAGGUCUGAUGGCAACUUGGUCUUGGAAACUUCCUUCCCCACCUGUGUCUACUCUGAAAUCUGUGUUAUUUUCAUGCCCAGCUUAAUUUUAGGGCUUUUUCUCCCUUCCGCCUGCCCUUUUUCGUCAGGAUUACUGAUGGUGAAAUGAAUGUCCAUUCCACUACUCCAAAUUCCUCAGGUAUUCUAAAUGUUGCUUCAUUCCUCGCUGUUUCUUCUCCUCAGACCUUGUGUUUGGCCAAUGCCCAGCCAAGGGAUAGAUUCUAGUUCUGAUGUUGUGUUCCAAAGCUUCGACCUUCCCAGAAGUUGAAGGUAGAAAAUAAAUUGAAAGUUUUUUUUUUUUUUCUUCUGAGUAUUCCUCCAAGCUACUGCAUUUAACAAACUGUGCUAGGAGCCUUAUAUCUUUGUAGUGCAGGGGUGAUAAACUGGCAAAGGAAAGAUGGUCACGUGCUAUUUAAAUUCUCCCCCUGGAGAUCUCAGUGAGACUGCAAUAGAUAUCUAUUGGGGCAGGGGGAAAACGACGCAAAAUCCUCUUCUGAAAUCUCCUUUUUGAAUGGCAACAGAAAUAGAAACCACGUAGAUGGUAUGGGGAGAGGAAUUGGAUGGUACUCAAAAUUGUAGGUACAUGGUAUCUGUUCUGCUUUCCUGCCUCUUCUAGAACAUGUGCAUUUGCCACCGAGGUUGCUGUUGUUCCAUGCACGGUUCUGGAGGGAUGUGCAGAACGGUGAUUUCACCGUUUAUAACUUGAAGGUUUUGCACUAUCUCACAAUAUGCUGUAGCCGAGUCAGUCGAGCCCUGGCGUGUGGCACGGCUACGGACUUCGUACGCAAACGUUCGGCACCAAAGUUGACUUUUUUUAUACCAUUAUCUUUUAGUAUGAAAAGGUGACUUUUAUAAUAGAAAGCAGCAGUCUCCGCCUGCUCUUUGCACUGAUUCUCUGAAGGCACGUUCUCGAAAGGGCAUUCACCAUUGUGCCUUGACGCUUCCCUGGCUUUUUUGCGGGACGCUAGGGAGAGUUUGAGGGUUCAGCUAUCAACUGCAACGGUUGCAGUCCUUUCUUCACGGUACUAUAUUGAAAAUGACCUCAAGGGCAGACUGGCCUCAGGUAGAGUAUGCUUGCCCGUAAGGUAGGAUAGUAGUUGUGUUGAGCCAAGUCCCUUCCCAGUAUUACAAAGAUGCUGGUAGAGUGCUGACAGGCAGAUUGAUAGGAUGCAACAGUUGGGGGUGUUCAAGCCUUGGGUGCGUGGCCCACCCUUCCUAUUUUUCUCCACUGUUUUUGCUAGGAGAGAGUUUUAUCGGUGUAACCUGUGCGGCAGUCGUGGCCUUAAGGCGAACGAGACAAACUAGAAUCACUUGAGUUGUGAAACAGUGGUGGGGUUGUUCCUCCAGGGCUUUCCCGUGCGUUUUUUCCCAGCUUUUUGCAUGCUGCAGAGUUGCACGGGGGAUAGGACUGCUGCGCAGCACGAGGGAAGACUGCGUGCCUGCCCCGCGCGGGGCGUCUGAAGGCAUCUCUCUGCGGUACUGGGCUGGUUAGCGCUAAACUGACCCUCGCUGGCUUUGCACAGCUGAAGCACGCGCUCGCACAAAAAUUACACUGCGUAAGAGAGUCGCUUAAGCGUUGCGAAAGCAAGUGCAGCCUUUGGCUCAAUGUCUGCGGGGAAGAAUAUUUGCUUUUUAACUGGUUUGCUCUUCAGUGCUGCGAGAUGUUGUGUUUUGGCCAUCUCCCGUCUCAUUAGACUGAUGACGGUAUGCAUGUCUCUGAGCUCUUCUGAAAGCAGUGCAUUUGAGCUGCCUGAUGCUCUCCUGAUGGUGUUAGCAGAGCCAGUGGUCAGCAUUUGUGCUGGACCCAUUUGUUCUGUUAACAUCUUGCCAAUGUGACUCUUAGUGCAUCUCUCAGAUGUUUUCUGUGCUUUUGAGAGAGAGUCCCCAGUAUCUGCCUACUGUGAUAGUUCUCCUUGAGCCAAGAUUUGGAAAACAAAGAAGGGAAGUACUCUGCUUCUCCUUUAAAAGAAGGGGCAGGGGAUGGGGGACAGGUUGGGAUAGGGAUGGAGGAAACACCCUCCCCUUCCGCACUUGUGUUCUCCUCCAAGGAAAUGGAUGGACCUAAGGGAGAUGGACCUAAUGGAUCAGUGCUCCAUUUCAUGUUUUUGGAUGUAUUUGAAGAUGUUAUUUUUAAGUUGAUGUACUCCAUUUUGGGCUUCACCUACUAAUAAUAUUUGCGGGUUUAAUUGUUUUAUGUGUAUUUGUUCUAUAUUGUAAAUGUAAUCUUGUGGUCAGGAGAAGACCACUGUGCUUUACUGGUGUAUAGUCUUGUUCAUCCUUGUCAUCUAAUAUGUAAUCUGCAUCUCCUUUAUCAUGCCACAUGGUUUUAGAAAAAUGAUGAGAUUAAUAGGCUAUAUAGUUGUUUAAAAGUGUAGGGGGGGGGCGGAUUCUGUGGACUGGAUUAUGAUCUGAAACUGGAUGGUACUUUAGGUUUGGAGGGAACUUCCUGACUGUUAAUUCCUGUAAGAUUUCUGGCUGAUUUUGGCUUAGCAAGUGGGACAUUAAAGUUGUUAUUUGUACGAAGCACUCCCAAGGGAGCUGAGUGCUUGUAGGUACCAGAGUGAAGAUUAUCCAGUGGGAUGGACCAAGAAGAGAUGUCUGUCUUCAUGCCCUGGAUUUUAUCUGCACUUUUCUGAUGAUUUGUGGGAAGAGGGUGGAAGGGUUGCUUACAACAUAAUAUCUUGUCCUUUAAUGUGCAUUGACUGUUUUUAAUGAACUUCUGGGCCAAGAGUUCAUCUGAUGGCAAUAUUCUGUAUCGCUCUGACUUGCCACUGUGUAUAACUGUAGGCUGAAAUAACUGAAGAGGUGGUGAAAGAGGACCUAGUUUGCAUUAAAAUGGUGCAUUUAGCUAUA